AGGGCGUGUGCGCCCAAGUCCAAGGGCACCGGUAGUCUGUGUGUCCCGGUGGGACGCCUGGGCCGAGGCCGGGAGCGCGGCUGAUUCAGGAAGUUGAGUGAGUCUCUGACAUCAGGGGCAGGACAGAGUUAGAGUGAAACCUCAAAAAUGAGAGGCGUUGGCUGGCAGGCGGACAGGGAAACAGAGGGCGCCUUUCUCAGCGCUGGCGCAGGUAGGGCCGCGCGGGGCAGCCCCUGCUGACCCUGCACUUCGGCCUCGGCCCCGCGGGGGACGGGCAGGGGCUCCAAAAAGGAGCCUGGACCUGCACCCCGGACCCGACCGCUGUCAGAGGGGCAGCACCUGGUGGACCCCUCCCUGGGCCACCGCGUCAGCAGCAGGAACCCCCCGCGGGACACUGAAAGAAGAUCAGCUACAAAGCUGUCCUGUGGGGAGUAUGUGUUUCACACCUAUCCGGUGAGCUGCCGUGGAGAGAAGACUGAGAACUGCUCUUACGGCGAGCUCCAGAGAGCCAAUGCCUAACAGAACGCCGAAUAUACACAUUGCUUCAUUCAUGCGACAAUUUCUGAGCACCUACUAUGUGCCAGGUGCUAUCCGUGGCAUGCCCAAAGCCAGAGCUGGAAGAGGAGUAAGUGCCAAGUGGGCAAGGCUGUGUCCUCGUGAGCCUGGGACUUGGUAGUGAGUGGAGAGGUUCCCAGAGGACCUCUCCAGCCGAGCACCAUGGAGAAAAUCAAAUCCUUCUUCAGUGCCAUCUGGGAUACCAUCUUGAACAGGCACGAGGAAGGCCUCUUCAACACUGUCUGCCUGGGUAUCAUCCUGGCGCUGCCACUACUGGUGGUCAUCACACUGACCUUCAUCUGUUGCCAUUGCUGCUGGAACCGGCCAGGCAAGCGUGACCAACAGCCAGGGCAAAACAAGGGAAAGAAGAAAAAGAAGGCUGAGGAAGACCUCUGGAUCUCUGCUCAGCCCAAGCUUCUCCAGAUGGAGAAGAGGCCAUCGCUGCCGGUGUAGUCAGGCAGGAAGCAGAGGUGCGCCCCUCAGGGACUUGGCCGCCUUCCAACUCCAUCUAGGGGAGGGAGAAGCGAUCCCUGGCCUGAUGCACUCACAUGGACAGAGGAGCUUCUCCGCCAAGGCGGCGUGGCCCCCAGGAGGGCACUCCCAGGGAACACGUGGACAGCUGUCGGCACGGUCUUGGCAGCUACGUGUCCAGCAACAAUGCUCUUCCCCACAGACUCAGGCAUGCCUUCCAACUAUCUCUGGCAAACCACAUAUGCAAAAGCACAGGGAACAUUUAUCCACAUAUCUUGACAUGUCUCCUCAAAGCGCGUGCUUGCAUGCACGCACACACACACACACACACACACACGUGGGUACCUGGGCAAGUGUAUUAUGUUCAUCAAAUGGUCCUAGGAUGUCUCCUCUGUGCAAAGCCCCAUUCAAGGCAGUAUAUUACCUGCUUUUACAAAAACAUCCCACAAGAAGGUCCUGCCAGAUGCGGGCACGUACGCGCAGUUCUAUAACCAGCCAAGGUGCACAUCCUCCCCACAGACCACUCAGGUUAGAGACGUGUGCUUCCCUCUUCCUAUCCCUACAUGACGUUUGACUGGAAAGCCUCAUCACGGGGCAUUCCAGCAACCUGGGGGAGACUCCACCCCUGUAUGAUACAGACUCACCAAGUUCCUGUGCUUCUGACCUCGCACCUUGGAGGGGAAAGUGUAAAGUGUGAUGGACCAAAAUUCACUGAAAGCUAUGGUCCUGCAACUCCGUACAAGGUCCUCAUUCCCACUGGUAGGUAUUUAAUGUGGUCCGAGACCUGUCUUUGAGACGCUACCCCCAGAACCACUGAGCAAGGCGCCUAUUCCACGCGAGAACAAACCGCUCUUGGUAGGGACUCCUAGAGAGCUAAGGAAACCAGGUUUCUCCAUGGGCAAAGUAUGCUUUACAGGAGGAAAGAGAUGCUACACCUGAGUGAGGUGUCUCCCGUGGAACCACAGGUUUUCAGCGGGGAAGGAAUUAACGCCAGUCACCGGUACAGCCUCGCAGAAAGCACACAGGACACGGUUGCCUACGGCGGGAAUGGAGACCUGGCAUGCAGCAGGGGCGCUGCAGAAGACACUCAGUGAAAGCGGGACCAAGCUAUAUAGAGGUUUAUUGAUAUUUAUGUUGCGGUUCGGGCAAGUGCCUUGCACAUACUUGGUACUCGUGACUGUCUCUGGAGGCUGUUGGCUUUGUGAUAAUGUUAAGGGUAAACUACAUACCUCACCAAUUUCCCCAACUGACUUUCCGAGUGAGCCCGCUUGUGCUGCAAUGGGUGGGGGUUGGGUAUUGAAUUCUGCAGGAAGGUACACACAACACCAAGGGCCGGGCUGGCACGGGUGCCCUGAGGUCCGUGCGGACGCGUAAACUAGGUCCACAGAGCGUCUCCCCGCCAGGCUGAAGUUUGGGGGUUGAGUUAAUCCAUUCAUACGAUGAGCUGCUUGGUAUUUUGCUUGUAUUAUGGCCACAUUACAGUGAUGGGUAAUUCUCAACGUGGGGGUAGGCUGUGCUGUCCAAGUUCAUUUGCAAAUCUCCUGGGUCGCUAGCGCUCUUGAAAUAUUUUCCCAUGGAAACUCUUCUAAAUAGUGGUGAAAUUGAGAUUUAAGAAUGUAGCUAAACUAUGAUAUUUAUAGUGGCAAAAGCUAAAUUCUAUAAGAUUGUGCUAGUGAAAAAAAAUGCACUCUAUCUGCUCUCCAGGGCUGCCUGGUCCUCAACUGCCCUCCAGUACACUCCAGGCCCGUGGAGGGCAGGCGCUGGGUGGUGGCUGCUGUACCAGGUCUCCUAGCAGGUGAUCCUGUGAAUCAUAAUUCAGGCCUGCAUAUAUUUUAGGACCAAUCAUGUCCACCCUCUCACCCUAAGUGGCCCUAACUACCCUGGGCACUCAGGCUCUUACUCCUAAGCUGCUGUGGCCAGAGGAAGAAGCACCUUCUGAUUCCUUGUCCCCUUGUCACAUGGAAAGCUAUGCAUGGAGCAGCUGACUGUCCCCUUGACAUCGCAGGAUGACUAGUCAUCUCCCCACACAGAACGCACGAGCCUCGCCUCGCCGCGCCUACCACUGCCCUCAAGGACGCGUUCCCCUUCCUGUCUCCGGCGCUCAUCCCCCCGCCCCCGAAAUGGAUGACUUAGGGGAGACAUGGAGGCUGACGGCUGAGAUUGGUGUCAGAUGGGAUCUAGGCAAGCAGAUCACCAGGAUCAGGGAUUGCACCAGGAACAUGGUUGCCAUGACAACCGGCUGCUCAUUUGAAUUAAGACAGCGGGUCUGCUGUCACUGGCAUGACAAGGCCUAAUCUCCAGGUUCAGUGCCCCACUGUCUCCUAAUACAAUGGACCUGCUCUACCUCCAGGCACAAAACACACGUCCUGUUGCUUUCAUAGCCUAGGACCCCGGCCACCUAAGCCUCGAGUGAGGCCCGUCAGUCCCCCACCCCGGCCUCCCCUGACAGCCUUUCCUGGAGGACCUAGAACAGUGUCGGGUCCAUAAGAGGCCCUCGUGAUUCUGUUGAACAAAUGGGUGUGUGUAGGAGCCCAAGGCAAGUCCUGGUGUCCACGCCCUUUUCUUCCCAUUUCAUGCUCAUCCUUCUCUCCCGUUUUGCCUCUUCUCUUACUCCCUCUUCUCCUGGCACCAGCCCUGCUCCAUCCCUCUACUCCUCUCCAGGUUCGGUUCACUCAUUCCCGGCCUCUGUCCCAGACUGCCACUGGCCAUGGGGGACCUGAGGACUAGAGCUUGCUUGGCGCCUCGAGGGGAAUUUAAGCUAAUAAAGGACAAAACAGAUGGUAAAGAGACUUCCCAAACCAGCACCAGCUUGGGGAGGAGCCCCCAGGCUUGUACACACCUUCAGCCCGAGUCAGAGGAGGGCUUCCCCACGGCUCAAUGGAUUCGCUGUUGUAUUUCUCGGGGGGAGUGGGAGAGAGGAUACAGAGAAAGGGCAGUCGCCUUUUCAAGAAGAAUAUAAAUGGUCCAAAUUGUACAGUAUUUGUCAAUAUUUUUCUGGAAAAUGCAAACACACCAACAGAAAAACUUAUUUAAAUAAAAUACUUUGAAAA